UGGCCCAUACGCGGGCUGCUGUGUGACGCUGCUGUGCCAUCGCGCUCGCUCCCGUGGACGCGCCCCGUUUAAGCAAGCCCUAGACUGCUGCUGCUGUGUGUCUUCCUCUGCUCCGCACCGCCGCCUCUGCAGCCUCCCCGACGACGAGAUCCACCCGCCCUCAACCUCUCCCUCGCCUCCGCCUCGCCCGUCCCCGAGAUGGAGAGGGUGCUCAAGGAUGACGCCAUCCAGGAGAAGGGCGAGCGCGCCAGGAUGGCAUCUUUCGUAGGUGCCAUGGCGAUUGCAGACUUAGUCAAGACCACAUUGGGACCAAAAGGAAUGGACAAGAUCCUUCAGUCCACUGGCCGUGGGCGGAGUGUCACCGUUACAAAUGAUGGCGCUACCAUUUUGAAGUCACUUCAUAUCGACAACCCUGCUGCCAAGGUCCUUGUUGACAUCUCAAAAGUCCAAGAUGAUGAAGUUGGUGAUGGAACAACUUCUGUUGUUGUUUUGGCUGGAGAACUGUUGAGGGAGGCUGAAAAGUUGGUUAACAUGAAGAUUCAUCCGAUGACUAUAAUUGCAGGUUACAGAAUGGCUGCUGAGUGUGCCAGAAAUGCGUUGCUGAAAAGGACCAUGGACAACAAAGACAAUACAGACAAGUUCAGAUCAGAUCUCAUGAACAUUGCCAUGACUACGCUUAGUUCAAAAAUUCUCUCCCAGGACAAGGAGUAUUUUGCUGAACUUGCAGUUGAUGCUGUCCUCAGGCUUAAGGGUAGCACCAACUUGGAAUCAAUCCAAAUUCUGAAGAAACCGGGAGGUUCUCUUAAGGAUUCCUUUUUGGAUGAAGGGUUCAUUCUUGAUAAGAAGAUUGGCCUUGGUCAACCAAAGCGAAUUGAAAACGCUAAUAUUCUGGUUGCGAACACUGCUAUGGACACAGAUAAAGUUAAGAUUUAUGGGGCACGUGUCCGGGUGGAUUCGAUGGCUAAGGUUGCAGAUAUUGAAGCUGCUGAGAAACAGAAAAUGAGAGAGAAAGUUCAGAAAAUCAUUGGCCAUGGGAUCAACUGCUUUGUCAACAGGCAGCUAAUCUACAACUUCCCUGAAGAACUUUUUGCUGAUGCUGGCAUCCUCGCAGUUGAGCAUGCUGACUUUGAGGGCAUCGAGCGGCUAGCUCUUGUCACUGGUGGUGAUAUUGCAUCAACUUUUGACAACCCAGAGUCUGUUAAGCUUGGGCACUGCAAGCUCAUCGAAGAGAUUAUGAUUGGAGAGGACAGGCUGAUUCAUUUCUCCGGGGUUGCGAUGGGGCAAGCAUGCACAAUUGUCCUCAGAGGAGCAAGUGAGCAUGUACUUGAUGAGGCGGAGAGGUCCUUGCAUGAUGCCCUAUGUGUGCUUUCUCAGACGGUAACUGACACGCGUGUCAUAUAUGGUGGUGGAUGGCCUGAGAUGGUGAUGUCCAAGGAGGUGGAUGAACUUGCAAGGAAGACCCCUGGGAAGAAAUCUCAUGCGAUUGACGCCUUUUCACGCGCCCUGCAAGCCAUCCCAACAAUCAUUGCUGACAAUGCUGGUCUGGAUAGUGCUGAGCUGAUCUCCCAGCUCCGAGCCGAGCACCACAAAGUGAACAGCACUGCUGGAAUUGAUGUCAUCAGCAGCGGGCUGGGAGACAUGCAGAAGCGCGGGAUAUGUGAGGCGUUCAAGGUGAAGCAGGCCAUCGUCCUGUCUGCGACCGAGGCCGCGGAGAUGAUCCUGAGGGUCGACGAGAUCAUAACCUGCGCCCCGCGCAGGAGGGAGGACAGGAUGUGAGCGCUGUCUCGAUGCGGCGCUCUCGUAUGUAUGAUGGUUUGCCGAGUUUUGGCUGGGUUGCUGUGGUCCACGACUGCUUUAAAGUUUGACCGACUCCAUUUCGAUUGUCGUUGAACCCUGACCCCUAAGCGACUGGAACUUGUAGCUGCUAGCGUUGUUCUGUAGGGAGUGGCUUGGUUUUCUUUCAGUUGAUUUUCCACUAGAGGAUAUAGUGAUUUCUAAGUGUAACCUUGCAUUUGCUGUACUUUGUUGGUUAUCUAUCAGCCGUUGCUAUUUGUGUGUUGGACACGACACAUGUAUGGCAGAAUCGGUCCCAAUUUUGAUUGUGAUGAGUUGUGCAACAAA